AUGAAGCUCAUUGGUGUUGUGCUUUCAUUACGGUGUUCCUGCUGGUUCCCUGUUACAAUGCAUCACUUGAUAGGUGGAAGUUCACCUGCUCCAUUCUGUAGUACCCCAGGUCCUGCGAACAGUUUUGCAUCAAGUUCGCUCGAAGUUGAUGGUACAGUAGCACGAAAAACAGAAUCGAAGAAUGUCCUUGAAGUUGGUCAACUCACUGCAAAGAAUUUUCCCAGUCCCCCUGAUAUGUCACCGUGUAAUCCUUUAGAUGAACACAGACAAGACUGUCGACAACAUCAAUUUCAAUCCUCAGGAUUGAAUAAACCUAUUGGAGCUGGGAAAAAGUGGAGUAAAUACUCGAAACGAUUAAGUCGACUCUUUCGUCAUGACAAUAUGAUAUUAAAUCGUUCAUACAUGACUUUUGAUGAAGUUCUCUCUGAAGUAAUUGUAGCUAAAGAACUAACAGCUCUUGGUAUGGGCUUAACAAAUUGUACUUCUGGUUUUGUAGAGUUGAUAAAAGUUCACCUUCUCCAAGGGGCAUUCCCUUCAUGUAUGAAGAAAUUGUGGGAGGCAUAUGAUAGAGUGAAGGGUUCUGAAAAUGAUCAUCCAAACAUCUUUCCUGAUGACCAAUUAUGGGUGGUUUUAGAAUCUGCAUUUUGUGGUGUACCGCUUGGGGAUAAUAUUCCUUCUUGUCCUUGUGCAAGACUUUCGCUUCUCCUGCAAGUCGGAUUUUCCCUUGCAGUAGCUGAACAAGAAAUGAAUUUCGAACACAGAGAUCUUCAUUUGGGGAAUGUUUUGGUCAAGGAAAGUCCUGUGUCUCGUGCUAGGAAUCCUUCUUUAUCCUCUAAAACAUCAUCAUCUUCUUACCCUUUUCCAUCCGGCUCCGUCUCGUCAUCGUCCACAUCUCCGAAAGGUUACUGUAAGUAUUGUUCUCACUUGGAAGGGGUGGAUGAAGAAUCUGAUAAAGAAAAUAAAGAAUAUUUCAUUAUUGAAAAAGUCAACAAUUACGAAUAUGUGGAAUUUCGUCUGAAUAAUCAGAUGAUCAGAGUUCCCAAAUGUGGUAUCACGGCUUAUCUUAUAGACUUUACUUUGUCCCGUUUAGAGCAAGUAGCUGAACGAGAAAUGAAUUUCGAACACAGAGAUCUUCAUUUGGGGAAUGUUUUGGUCAAGGAAAGUCCUGUGUCUCGUGCUAGGAAUCCUUCUUUAUCCUCUAAAACAUCAUCAUCUUCUUACCCUUUUCCAUCCGGCUCCGUCUCGUCAUCGUCCACAUCUCCAAAAAGUUACUGUAAGUAUUGUUCUCACUUGGAAGGGGUGGAUGAAGAAUCUGAUAAAGAAAAUAAAGAAUAUUUCAUUAUUGAAAAAGUCAACAAUUACGAAUAUGUGGAAUUUCGUCUGAAUAAUCAGAUGAUCAGAGUUCCCAAAUGUGGUAUCACGGCUUAUCUUAUAGACUUUACUUUGUCCCGUUUAGAGCAAGAUGGUGGUUUUGUCUAUGUUGACUUAAGUAGUGACACUACUUUGUUUCAGUCCAAAGGUGAUUAUCAAUUCGACAUAUAUCGUCGUAUGAAAUCACAUAAUCGCUGUGGUCUUCGUCUCCCCCGUUCUGAGCUGAGAAGGACUGGUACAGCAUCUACUGAACCUUCAAUCAUAAAUCGAAUAGUUCAAGGCCAAGCUCUUGCUGAUACGCAUUAUUCUGUGGAACCUAGUUCAUCCCAGACAGUCAAACAUGUAAAUGAAGGUGGUUUAUUAACUAAUGUGAUAAAUACUCUUACGAGCAACGGCUUCCAGUUGAAAACGAAUUCUGGCUCUGCAACGCACGAAAGCAACGUAAAUUGUAGAGGAAAAUCGGAAACAAAUGAAUUAGACGAGGAAUGUGACGACUUAAUUAUAAUACAUGAAGAAAAUACUUCUAAUGUGGCCGCUCAACCUCCUGGUGAUAAUGUGCAAGCAGAGUCGACUACGAAUUGUGACGAAGACUCCUUUAAAUUUGAUUAUAAGCCUGCUGGAUCUGUUGAUGGUAUAACAUUGACGAAAAGUGAUCUUCAGUGUCUUGAACCUGGAGCUCUUAUAAACGAUGCAAUAAUCAAUUUUUAUUUGAAAUACUUGUACUUCGAGCAACUGACGGACUUUCAGAGACAAGCUACUCAUGUAUUCAAUGUGUUUUUCUAUAAAGCUAUCCGAACUCAGGAGCCUUAG